AUGGAAAGCUAAUCAUUUUCUCCUAUGUUAGAUAGAGUUAUGGCUCAAGAAAUCUAAUCUGUUAGUUGGAGUAAAACUAUGGAUGUUUGUGCAAUCCUAUAUGUGAAUAACUAAUUAGAAAUAUGCAGAGUAAGCGAAUAAUUGCAAAGGAUGUUCAUGAUUUAAGAAGACGAUGCCAUCAGCAAUAUUAUUGUGGAAAGUACGUUCCUGACUUAUAAUGUUGGAAAUAAAUUGUUUUUGUAUCAUUUGGCUUCUCAUCAAAAAAUCAUUCAAUCUACUUUAAUCAAGAAUUCAGAUAAAAUCACAUAGAUGCUUUUGGUUUAAGUGAAUGUCAAAAUCAUUAAAGAGCUGGAAUUAUAAGCAGCCAUAAUUCCAUUAUCCACAACAAACUUGAAAAAUUGGUAGAAUCUUUGCUUUUUAAAACAACAACAAAUAAAUAAUAUCAUAUUCUCUUUAACUAAUAGGUAGAUCGCCUACAAUUUUAAUGGGAUUCUUCAUUUGGGAGAAAUUGAACAUAAAGGAAUUAUUGAAUUAUACCAAUUGCAAAAUGAGUUGCACUGUUUUUCAGAUUCUACUGUUGAAAUUUAUGACAUCAGCCUAAUGAAACAUCAAUAAAUUUUAAAAUACAUUUAGCAAUUGAGUUACUUAAAUGAACUAUUUUGUUUUUUGAAAACAUCAAUCCUUUUAAUAAACACUCAAUUAUAGGACAUUUUCAAAUGUUACCAACUCAACAUCAUAGGUCCAUUGGUAGCUUUUGGACCUUAGGAAUCAAUCAAUUCCCAUAUUUUGAAGUUUUACUAAAAAGGGGAUUGUUCUCAAGAACUUGUUCAAUUCUUUCAAAAAGAACUAUACAAUACUAAAAUUUUGUAAAAAAUGGAUGAUAAUAUCACAAACAGUUUCAAUAAUAUUUAGGAAAUUAUUUAGGAUUCGUUGAUGAAUGUCUUAUCAAGAAUUUUAAUCAUUCUCAAUUUCUUUAUUCAGUCAAAAAAUAUGCCCUUUUAUUAAGGACUACACAAAACACCUUUUGAAGAGUUAUAAUAAACAGUCUAAAAGAUUUAAAAGUUAUUCAGCAGAUUUUAGAUAGAGUGUCAUUAGACGAAGUUACAUUUAAGAAACUUUUUCGUUUGGUUAAAUCUAUGUGCAAUAAAGGCAGGAAAUGAGUAAGAAGUAGAAUGUGAGAAUGUAAACUCCCCCCUCAAUAAAAUAGAAGUAGAUCUAUCAAAAUUAUUUGAUUUCUUGAAGGAUAAUCACUUGUUUUAGUUAAGAAAUUUGCAAUGCUUCUAUUAGGGCAAAAUAUCACCAAAGACAUUUUUCACAAAGGUAGUUGUAUAGAAAAAUAUAGAGUUCAAAUAAACUGAAAACAUUACUAAGAUUUUAUAAAAUGUCUUUAAAGAUAGUUAUGUGGACAAUGUUAAAUAGAAACAACAUUAAAUAGAAUAUGAAGAAUCUUUUGAAACAGUCAAUUCAUUAAUUAGAGAAUUGCAAAAUAAUUUAGAUAAAAUUGCUAUUAAUUUGAAGCCUCAUCUUAGAACAAAAAUCAACAUUGAUCUUUCUAGUUCAAUACUUAGAUUUUCUGAGAAAUCUGAAGAAUCUUAUUUGAUUUCAGUCUUAAAAGAUAAUACCAUCAUUCAAUACACUUAUUAAUAGCAGGGUUUCGUCAAAUCAAAUAAGAUUUAGUUUAAUAACAAAUUUAUAAAGGAAUUAUAAUAUUUUGAUGGAAAACUAAUCAUUUUGAGUACAAAUCAAUAAAAGUCAAAUGAGUUGGCAAGAACCAAUUAAUAAAAGGAUGAGGGAUUAUUUAAUUAACUGUAAUUGACAGCUUAUAUUUCAUCGGUGGAUUUGGAAACCCAGAAUAAGUUUGAGUGUCACUCAAUCAAAGAUCUGUAAGUUAGUAAGAAAGGACUAAUAUCUAUCAUUAUAGAUUCUAAAAAAUUAAUUAUUCUUUCCAUUUGA